AUGUUCCCCGAAAGACAGAACUUUGGAACUGGCAUUCCGGCAGCUCGCGCCAUUUGCAUCGCGACAGCCUCCUCUAUGCUGGUUCGAUCUGUCCACUUUAAGACCAACCCAAACGGUGGCAUUCCGGGCGUCGUUUCGCAUAUUGUUGAUAGCAUCGGUCGAGGCCAGGUAAAAUCCGGUCGCAAGAAAGACGGUACCCAUGUCCGGUACAUUGCAGUGUCAAGGGAAGGAAGUUUGGCACUAUCGAGUAUUGCAAGUCUGACAUAA